AUGUCAUCAACUCCAGCUGGCCAUGUGAUCCCUGCGUCCGAAAUUAUCAACAAGUAUGCAGAUACAAUCGAAUCUGCCAUUGAUUAUGUAAAAAUUCUCAAGGACUUUGGUGAAUGUGUCAUCAACGGCGAAGAUGCUUCGGGCCACCUCUGGAAUAUCGAGUACCACACCCCCACGUCCUUCCAGCGCGUCAUGGGGGAGCUUCACGAGGUUCUCGGUUUCAUCGAAGAACUAUGGCAGUUCCAGAAACCCAAAGAAGCUGGACAGAUGAGCUCCACUGAGCCCAUGGAUUGCAACAAGGAAAGAGCCACGAGCACCAGCAGCAACGAAAACGCCAGCCCUCCUCCUCUCGACAAUUCGCCGGCGAAGCGCGGAAACAACCACGGCAGUGCAAGCGCUGCCGCCAAAGAGAGAAAAGUCAUCUGA